AUGUCAUGUUUUGGGAUUACAUGGAUGGUGGCAACAUGUGCAAUUUUCAGUCUCCCGGUCUUGGAAAGUUCUUUGACAAGCUCAACAGUGAAAUCGUAUCUUACAGAUCUGGGAAGCAAUUACAACAAAAACAUAUUUCCAAAGUACAAAAAUUUCGGACAGGUUUCAGUGAUGAUGGGCCUUCAACUUAUUUCUAUCAACGGAUUUGAUGAAGUUUCCGGUAUCCUAGAACUUGUCGCUAAGCUUAAAAUCUCAUGGACUGACGAGAACUUGCAGAGAUUAUACACUCCAACUUAUUCCUCCAUAACGGAAAUCUUGGUACCUCAGGACGACAUAUGGCUUCCAACGAUCACCGUGUACAACUCUGUUGAAUCGUUAAAGAUGGUAGGAGACUCCUCUUACCAUGUUCGAAUUCUUCCCGCCAUCGGGUGGGUUCAGUGGAUCCCGGGAGUGAUAACAAAAACCAGUUGUUCCGUCGAUGCUACCUACUUUCCCUUUGACAAACAAACCUGCGAUAUCACCUUUACUAACUGGGGAUAUCACGAGUCCGAAGUACAUCUUUUUUCAAGAGACCAAGUACUGGAUUUGAGUUUAUUUACUCAGAAUGAACAGUGGUCACUUGCAGGAUCCCAGAUUUCAAAUUCCUCUAAGGGAGGUAACUCUUUCAUUACGUUUUCCGUUACUCUCGAGCGACAACCAACAUGGUUCCUUCUCAAUAUGGUAUUACCCAUCAUUCUUAUCGGUUUGUUGACGGGUCUCGUCUUCCUUAUGCCAGUUGAUGACGGAGAGAGGGUCGGAUACAUCAUCACGGCAUUUCUGACUUUCGCUUUCUUCCUCGACAUGAUUUCCUCCAAUUUACCUCAUACUUCGAACCCGAUGGCUCUAGUUGUCUACUUUCUUACUGUCAUGGUGUACCUGUCGUCUGCUUCUACAAUAGUCACCAUCAUGACGUUGCGAAUCUACGACAAAUCAACUGAAGUUCCUCGUUGGCUGAAAAUAAUCGUUGCCAUAAUCUUAGCAAGGUACUGUUUUCCAAAGAAACAGGUUUCUGAUGAGGAAAUGGCGGGCUGGGCUGCUCCAGAGAAAAAGAACAAAAACAAGAAACCGGAAGUAUUUGCCCCGACUGAUAAUAUAUCGUAUCGUCUAGUGGGACUGGCAUUAGAUAUUCUUUUCUUUAUCGUUUUUGUGUUAGUUAACUUGAUAUGUACAGUUGUAUUCAUUGUCCCCCUUUCCAGCAACGGUUCUUAAGUCUAGA